UCCCCUUUGAAAGACACUCACAAGUAGGCAUCAGUGGACUGUCCUUGGCAAGACUCAAUGGGAAGUUAUAUCAGGUCUGUGGACUGGAAGAGAUGGCAGGAAGUGAGCUUCCCCAUCAAGAGAUCCAACAGGAAAACCAACCGGGGAUCCCAGCUUUCUUUCAUGAGGAAAGCUUACGAGAAAACACCUUCCCGACGGGACGCCAGAAAGGAAAGAGAAAGAAGAUGGGUCCCCCCAGUUGGGGGACGGUUCUGAACCAUGGUUUUGAGUUUCCUCCGAACCAGAAAAUGCAGAAACUCUACACGUGCAGCUACUGCGGGAAGGUCUCUAAUAACAGCGCGCACAUGAUCAUCCACGAGAGGACUCACACCGGCGAGAAGCCGUACAAAUGCUCGGAAUGUGGGAAGUGCUUCAGCACAAACUGCAACCUGAUGAAACACACCCGGGUGCACACAGGGGAGAAGCCCUACCAGUGUCCCGAGUGCGGCAGGAGCUUCAGCGACAAGGCCUCGCUCAUCGUGCACGAGAGGACCCACACGGGGGAGAAGCCCUAUGAGUGCCCCAUGUGUGGGAAAAGCUUCACCUCCAGCUCCAACCUCAUUACCCACAAGCGGGUGCACACUGGGGAGAAGCCCUACAAGUGUUCCGAGUGCGGGCAGAGUUUCGUUCACCGGCCGCAGCUGGUGAUCCACAUCCGGACGCACACCGGAGAAAAGCCAUACGAGUGUCCCGAGUGCGGUAAAAGCUUCAACCAGAAAGCCGAUCUUAUCAUCCACCGGCGCAUCCACACCGGGGAGAAGCCGUACAAGUGUCCCGAGUGCGGGAAAAGCUUCAUCUCGAGCUCUUACCUUCGGAAGCACGAGCGGCUGCACGCGGGGAAGAAAGCGCCCGCGGGCGAAGAAAGCCACAAGUGCGGUUACUGCAGGAAGAGCUUCAUCAGCCGAUCUAAGCUGCUCAUCCACGAGAGGACCCACACGGGGGAGAAACCCUUCGAGUGCACCGACUGUGGGAAGAGCUUCAGCACCAGCUCCAACUUGGUCAACCACAAGAGAGUCCACACGGGCGAGAAGCCGUACCAGUGUUCGGAUUGCGGGCAGAAAUUCAGCACGAACUCAAACCUGGUCAAUCACCGGCGGGUUCACACAGGAGAAAAGCCGUACCAGUGCGCCGAUUGUGGCCAGAAUUUUGGUCAUAAAGCUUCUCUCCGGAGGCACAAGAGAAUCCACUCCAGGGAACUGAAGGAGGAGAUGCUGGAGGACAUCCUUGAUUCGGAGAGGCAGCGCCAACGGUUCAGACGGUUCUGCUAUCAGCAGGCUGAGGGCCCUCAAGAGGCCGCUAGCCAACUCUGGGAACUCUGCCACCAAUGGUUGAAACCAGAGGAACAUACCAAGGAGCAGAUCCUGGAGAUGCUGGUUCUGGAGCAGUUUGUGAGCAUCCUGCCUGUGGAGAUCCAGAGCUGGGUCCAGGAAAGCAGCCCUGAGACCUGUUCUGAGGCGGUGGCCCUAGCCGAGGACUUCUUAGAAAGAAACACUCUCCGCUCCAUCUGUAGUGAAAAAGCUGCCCUUUGUAUGCUUCUCCAUCCCGGGUGCCAUGGAGAGGGUCACCCAUUCCUGAAAGUUGGGAUGCAGCGGCGGAGAGGCGCGAUGCAAAGGCUGCAAAGGGAAGUUCAGAUUGUCCAGCCAGCAACUAAGAUGGCAUCGUGUCACCUGUGGAGUCCAAAGCUCCACGCAAACCAAGGGGAAAGAAACUCUCAUAUUCUCCGUGGGGAAACUGCAAAAAACAUCCUGACUGGGGCAGCUCUACUGCAAAACAAGCAGGGACUGGAUAUAGGCCUGCAAGAGAGCCAGAAAACUCAACAUCAGAAAGGAUUGGCAAUGGUGCCUUCUCUUUACUCUGUUUGGAGACCAUCCCGGUUGUUCGAGUCGGUCUCCGAGGAGGACAUGAUGGCAUUCAAGGCUUCCUAUCGGAUGAUGAAGCAGCCCAACCAGUUGUCCAAGGAAGGGCGUCCAAUGGGGAGGCCCAUCGUGCAGGGCCUCAGCAGGGAACCACAGAAAGCACCCGAGAACUUGACAAGAUCGGGGCCUUUGAAAGAGCAGACCUCGACUGAGGUCGACCCUGAGAGCUUGGAGAUAAAACGCCAACACUUCCGGCAUUUCUGCUACCAGGAAAUCGAGGGCCCUCGAGCGGUCUUGAACGAACUCCAGGAGCUUUGUCGCCAGUGGCUUCUGCCGGAGAGGCGCACCAAGGAACAAAUUGUAGAUCUGGUGAUCCUGGAGCAGUUCCUGACCAUCUUGCCACUGGAGAUGCAGAUCUGGGUCUGUAAAGGUGGUCCGGCCACGUGUUCUCAGGCCUUGGCCCUAGCAGAAAAGUUCCUCCUCCGGUUGCAAGAAACGGAGUCUGGUAAACAAAAGGUGCCUGGACUUCUAGAGGAGGAAUUGGUGAAUUCCCCCCCAUCUGAACGUGAUCCCUCAGUUACUGUGGAAAGCUGUAUCUCCAUAGAUGAGGAGGAAGAUGAAGCCGUCUUGGGUAAGACUGAAGAACCUAAGGAGUCUGCACAGGACAACCAGAAGCAAAACCCGCUUCUGCUGGGAAUAUCGGAGCCAAUGGAGUGGGGCAUCCCUUUAGAAAAAAUCACAGGAAAGUUGAUAUCCAAUCCUGAGCUAGAAGAGAUUCACAGGAGCCACCAGGUGCAUUACCCAGGGAAAAGUAUAAAACAGGCUCGCCGUUUGGGUGAAAGUGAGAGGAGCUGUCAAGAGGCACCCGUCGGCCAGAAGAAGAAAAGUAAGAAGACAAUGACAACCAAGGCCGUGGCUGAAAAUGGCCUAUGUCCAAGCCUGGGUUUGUUUAAGAAUCGGAAGGUACAGACUGAGAAAGUGCAGCGAUGCAGCCCUUGUGAGGAACGGUUGUCUAAAAAGCCAAGCUCAGGGACGCAGGAGAAAGCCGGUGCUGGAGAGCCGCCAUCAAAAGGCUGGCCGCGUGAGAGUGACUUGCCCAAGCGUAGCGCCGCCCUAAGACGGGACGAAGAAGGACCCGAAAACCAAGAGGUGGUCUGCAAGUGUAAGGCUAAGAGGAAAAGUCCCGAGAGCAGGCGUUUGCCUCAGCCCAGCUCUGCUCACUUGGGAGCCCCGCCGAAGGGAGAAAAGCCGGCCAAAGGCACCCCCUGCCGGAAGAGGCUCUCCUGGGAAACUCCUUUUCCGAGUCUUGACAAAACUGAUCCCGGGGGGAAACCGCACCAGUGCUUCGAAUGUGGUAAGAGUUUUAGCCAGAAAGGCAACCUCAACAUCCACAAGAAAUCCCACACGGGGGAGAAGCCGUACCCCUGCUUGGAGUGUGGGAAGCGCUUCGUGACGAACUCUCGGCUGCUGACCCACAAGCGGGUGCACACGGGCGAGAAGCCAUACAACUGUUCGUACUGCGGCAACAACUUCAGCCAGCUGGCGCACCUGGUUCAGCACCAGCGGAGGCACACCGGGGAGAAGCCGUACAGCUGCCCCUACUGUGGGAAGAGCUUCAGCGUCAAAGCCAACCUGAUCACGCACCAGCGCACCCACACGGGGGAGAAGCCGUACGAGUGCUCCGAGUGCCCCAAACGCUUCGUUUCCAGCUCUGAUCUUAAAAAACAUAAAAAGGUGCACACUGUAUAGGUGUGUGUCCACGAGUAGACCUAAGAAUGAUCACCCUCGUUCUCCUCUUUAUAGUAGGUGGAGACGCCCUUGAGUAUUUUUAGUGCACUGUGAGGAUUAAA